AUGAUCAUAUAAGUGAGAUAUUCAAAGAUUUAUAUUAAUAUAUAUAUACGAUCAAGGAUCUCGUUCAAUUCUCAAAUUCUGAAGAACAAUGUCGAAGCCAAGGUUACAAGGAAAAGUAGCUCUGAUCACCGGCGCCGCCAGUGGGAUCGGCGAGGAGACGGCGAGACUAUUCGCAGCCAACGGCGCGAUUGUCGUCAUCGCCGACAUCCAAGACGAAUUGGGACAAAAACUCGCGGCGGAAAUCGGCCAAAACCAAGCCAGCUUCCACCACUGUGACGUCAGAGACGAGGUGUCGGUCGAGAAAACCGUCGCUUUCACGGUGGAAAAACACGGCCGGUUGGACAUCCUAUUCAGCAACGCCGGCAUGAUGGGACCACUUGCCGGAAUCCUGGACUUAGACAUGGAGGAAUUCGAGAACACGAUGAGAACUAACGUGAAAGGCGUGACGGUAACGGUUAAACACGCCGCACGUGCGAUGGUAAAAAGCAAGACACGUGGGUCGAUUAUUUGUACUUCCAGCGUGGCAGCGGCGAUGGGUGGGGUUGGGCCGGCAGCGUACACGGUGUCGAAAAGCGCGGUGGUUGGGGUGGUGAAAACGGCGUGUAGUGAGCUGGGGAAGUACGGGAUUAGAGUGAACGGAGUUUCGCCGUACGGGGUGGCGACGCCGAUGACGUGUGAGAGUUAUAAUAUAAGUGUGGAGGAGGCGGAGAGGAACACAAGCAGUCUGGCGAAUUUGAAAGGGAUUGUAUUGAAAUGUCGACAUGUCGCUGAGGCGGUUUUGUUUUUGGCGUCCGACGAGUCGGCUUAUGUCAGUGGGCAUAACUUGACCGUCGACGGCGGCUUCACCGUGGUUUGUUCUUCAAUUCCGCCGCCCGAUUCUUCCAUCUGAGAUUUCCGUUCUUUUUGCAAUAUUUUAAUGAAUUUCGUUAUUAUUAUUAUUAAAAAAUUUAGGAAAUUGGAAUA